CUUUAUUUGUAGAACACUACUAGAGAGAUGUUGAAAGGCUUAGUGAAUACGUUGUCAGGGAUAAAUGGGGAUGGGAAGAAGAUUAAAGGAAAAGUAGUGUUGAUGAAUAAGAAUGUUCUAGACUUCAAUGACAUUGGGGGAUCACUUCUUGAUAAUCUUCAUGAAUUGGUUGGUCAAUCUGUCACUCUGCGUCUCAUCAGCUCCGUCCAUUCCGUCUAUGCAGGAAAUAAGUUGAAGGGAAAGGUGGGAAAAGCGGCAGGGCUAGAAAGAUGGAUCACAACAAUCCCAUCUUUGAAACCGGGAGAUUCAACGUACGAGGUGACAUUCGAUUGGGAUGAAGAGAUCGGAAUCCCAGGCGCAUUCCUGAUAAAGAACUCCCACUUCACUGAAUUCUUCCUCAAAACCCUAACUCUGGAGGGUGUCCCCGGCCACGAGCACGCCCCCAUUCACUUCGUCUGCAACUCUUGGGUCUACCCUUCUAACAAGUACAAAUCGGACCGCAUCUUCUUUUCUAAUCAGGCCUAUCUUCCUUCCCAAACUCCACCUCCACUAGUGCCAUACAGAGAGGAGGAACUCCUCAUCUUGCGAGGAGAUGGAACCGGAGAGUUGAAGGAAUGGGAUCGAGUCUAUGACUACGCUUAUUACAAUGAUUUGGGCAAUCCUGAUAUCAGUAAGGAGUCCGCCCGACCCGUUCUUGGUGGAUCAUCCCAGUAUCCUUAUCCUCGUAGGGGCAGAACUGGCAGGCCUCCUACUCGCUCAGAUCCCAACACUGAGAGUAGGAUCCCACUGCUUAUGAGCUUGGAUAUUUACGUUCCAAGAGACGAGCGCUUUGGCCAUCUGAAGCAGUCUGAUUUUCUUGGUUAUGGCCUCAAAUCCAUUACCCAGUUCCUUCUGCCAACUCUCACGGACUUAUCUUCCACCAUUAGCAACGAGUUCAAGAGCUUUGAAGACGUCCUUCAGAUUUAUGAGGGAGGAUUUAAAUUGCCGGAAGGGCCUCUCCUUGAGAACCUAUUCAACAAUGUGCCUUCAGAGCUUUUCAAGCAGAUUCUUCCAAGAGAUGAUGAGGGCUUCUUCAAGUACCCAAUGCCUGAUAUUAUCAAAGCGGACAAGACUGCAUGGAGGAAUGAUGAAGAGUUUGCUAGAGAAAUGGUAGCAGGGAAGAACCCAGUCAAUAUUAGUCGUCUGCAGGAGUUUCCUCCCAAGAGCAAUCUUGACACUCAACUAUAUGGGAACCAAAGUAGCAAGAUAACAUGGGAUCAUAUCAAGAAUAAAGUGGAUGGGCUCACUCUUGAGAAGGCAUUGGGAACAAACCGACUAUUCAUACUGAACCAUCACGACUCGCUGAUGCCGUAUCUGAGGAGGAUCAACAGCACCAAAACAAAAAUGUACGCCACAAGGACUCUGCUUUUCUUGCAGAACGACGGGAGUUUGAGGCCCUUGGCUAUUGAGCUCAGCCUCCCACAUCCGGAUGGGGAUGAACACGGAGCUGUGAGUCAGGUGUACACUCCCGCACAAGACGGUGUUGAGGGUUCAAUUUGGCAGUUGGCCAAGGCCUAUGUCGGAGUCAGUGAUUCUGGACUUCAUGAGCUCAUCAGUCAUUGGUUGAAUACCCAUGCUGCAAUAGAGCCGGUGGUGAUUGCAACGAACAGACAGCUGAGCGUGAUGCAUCCCAUUCAUAAGAUUUUGAAUCCUCACUUCCGCGAUACAAUGAACAUCAAUGCUUUGGCGCGACAAGUCUUGGUCAGUGCUGGAGGAAUUAUUGAAGAGAUCAUCUUCCCUGGUCGAUAUGCCAUGGAGCUAUCUUCCUUCAUAUACAAGGACUGGAGUUUCCCUGAUCAGGCACUCCCGGCUGAUCUACUCAAAAGAGGCAUGGCUGUGGAAGAUCCAAACUCCCCACACGGAAUCCGCUUGGUUAUGGAGGACUAUCCAUACGCAGUGGACGGCCUCCAAAUCUGGUCGGCUAUAAACACAUGGGUGGAUGACUACUGCAAUGUGUACUAUCCUUCUGACGAGGCUGUGAUGGAAGACACUGAGCUACAAUCAUGGUGGAAGGAGAUUCGGGAGAAGGGGCACGGUGACAAGAAGGAUGCCCCGUGGUGGCCUAAAAUGCAUACCCGCAAGGACCUCAUAGACUGUUGCACCAUCAUAAUUUGGACUGCAUCUGCGCUCCAUGCAGCGAUCAACUUCGGGCAGUACCCCUAUGGGGGGUACAUGCCCAACCACCCCACCGUGAGCCGACAGCUCAUGCCCGAGCCUGGCAGCAAGGACUAUGAGUUGUUGAAGACUGACCCUGACAAAGUGUUCUUGAAAACCAUUAUGUCGAGGCUGCAGAUGUUGCUAGGAGUUGCCGUGAUCGAGAUCUUGUCGAGGCAUGCCUCAGAUGAGAUAUAUCUCGGGCAGAUGGACACCCCGGUGUGGACCAAGGAUGAAGAGGCGUUGGCGGCGUUUGAAAGGUUUGGGAAGGAGUUGAGUGGGGUGGAAAAGAAGAUCGUGGAGAUGAAUGUUGAUGGGAAGUGGAAGAAUAGAGUUGGGCCUGCCAAGCUGCCUUAUACCUUGUUGUAUCCUACGAGUGAGGAGGGAUUAACGGGUAGAGGGAUUCCUAAUAGUAUCUCUAUUUGAUGUCUUUAAUUUGAUUUCACUCGUGCUAGUCUGGGAUUUCUUCUUGUUGCCACUUGUUAAAUAAAUGGAUUCUAGAUCCAGCAAGUAUUGUAAUAAUUUAUUUCAUGUUUUGUUUUCGUCACGCCUUGUGAUACGGACUCGAUGGAGAGCAGCCGUGGAUCACGUCACAGCCCCGAUCACAGUCAUCAUCUCUACUUACACAGCCGGCGUCGAACGCAGGCCGACCGCAAAGGACGUGAGGUCCACCCAAGUGAUAUGGAGACUAUUUUAUUAUUUUAUGUAAUUUUAUUUCCUAUUGAGUCGAGCACAAUUAGAAGCUUCUUUCCGGGUUUUCUUGACGGUUCUUUCCCGGAUCGUAUUUGGUGUCGAACCGCCUAGGGUCCUAUAUAUAUCUCUUGUUUCGUUCAUUAUGAAAUAAGAAAGAAUUAUAAUAAAUCUCUUAUUCUUUCUCU